UUAUUGAAUGCUGCUGUUGCUCAUAUGGGGUCUCCUCAUAUCAUCCUAAGUGCAAGAUGACUGGUCUUACACAUCUUUGCUUUGCCGAUAACUUGUUGAUUUUGUCAAAGGCGAUCUGGUCUCAAUUGUUGAAAUACAAAAUAUGUUGAAUUUGUUUCAUUGAUCUUAUUCUGGACUUCAAUUGAAUUGCACCAAAAGCCAACUCUUUUUCACAGGUGUUUGCCGAUAACUGGGAUGCAAAGUUUAUCCUAUGCACUAUGCAGGUAGACUAAGCUAAUUCAAUCAGUUUUGUUCAACAUUCAGAACUGCCGGUGAUAACCCACUUGCCUACAAAAACAAAUUCAACGUAAAUACCAAAGUAAGGAAAAUAAUAUCUUUCACGACAUCAUCGAAUGGACGCCAAGCAAGCUCACUGUUAUUCAUGCCAACCAUCAGAAGGCCUGUGAACACGUGUUCGUCCCAGAUUAACCUUUUUCUCGGGCCUUGCAACUUCAAGCGAAGCACUCACAUUUCGUCUUUUCUUUUGUCUUUCCAUAUAUAUAAAACCAUGCGCUUGCUAUCUCUUCAUUCUUGAAACCUGCUUUUAGCAUUUCGGGAACUUUUGGCUUUAUCUUUAACGUUCAGACAAGAAACUUGUUUAUUCUUGUUGCAACAACAAAUAGAUAGAGCAGGAAGAAAAUGGCAGGAGAUAGGAAGAUAGGGGUGGCCAUGGACUUCUCAUGUACCAGCAAGAACGCUCUUAAAUGGGCUAUAGAUAACUUGGCUGACAAAGGAGACACCCUUUACAUCAUCCACAUCAACCCUAACUCUCUUGAUGAGUCUCGCAACGCUCUCUGGGCCAAAUCUGGUUCUGAGUUUAGAGAGCCACAAAUUAUGAAGAAAUACGAUGUUAAAACUGAUAUUGAAGUUCUUGACAUGCUUGACACUGCUUCUAGACAAAAAGAGAUGCAGGUUAUCACAAAACUGUACUGGGGAGCAGAUGCUAGAGAAAAAAUUCUUGAUGCUAUUGAAGAUCUAAAGCUCGACUCUUUGGUUAUGGGAAGCAGAGGACUUGGAACCGUUCAAAGGAUUAUCUUGGGGAGUGUGAGCAACUACGUUACGACGCAUGCUCCUUGCCCUGUUACAUCGUCAAGGAACUAUCGAGGUCCAGCAAGCACUGAUAAGUUUAUAUUUCGAAUUUGAUUUACGAAACAAUAGUGUGUGGUUUUAUCAGUUCAAUCUGCUGUUCCUGUUUGGCUGAUCAUGUUGACUAAGGGCUUUGGUUGUUUCUCAAAUGUGGAACUUUGUCAGAUAAUGAGUUGUUAUCAAUUUGUGUUCCCUUGGUAUUGAUUUAUGGCCCUACUAUCGAAAUCAUAGCCCUUCAUGGUGCGGAAAAGCUGUUUGGCUAUAAUAAUCAGCUUUGUCUUGUCCA